GCAAUCGUGAUAACCACUACACUACAGAUGCGACGAGAUUUUGUUUGCAACGUAUGGGAACUAUGCUACGAGAUAGAUGCUAUAGUCAUAUCUAUAGCCAAGUUCUGAUCAGGGAAUCACAGCGGGAACAUUUCAUGACUAUAACUUUCAAUAAUGCUAAGAACAAUUCCCUCGGGAUGAAUACAUUAAAAAGCUGUUUGGUGACUUCCGACGAAAGUCGGAAUUUCUUUAUUUUAAAUAUAGUGAAAGUCUAGAAAAUGUGCUGUUUGCACAAAAAAAGGAAGCCUUGAUCUCGAUUUGUUUUCUCAAUCAAAAAGGAAUCCUAGCGAACAUCUCCAGUAUUUGUCGAGUGAUUGUUUCAACAACUUCUUUUGCUGGACCAGUGUGUUUUUGUUUUUAGCAGCAAUCACAGAUUUGUCGAAAAUAUCUUCCAGUUAACAUUAAGGAUAAUGGCGAAGGGGAUUCUACAAUAAUGAUGAUAAAUUAAUAACAUGCAGUGCGAGUUUUCUAUGGCUGCCAUUAAGGGCAGUGAAAGUGAAGAAAAUGUAAGACCAAGUGCUGAAAGAUGCAAUGGAGGAAACCCUAAUGCUCUUAGAGAAAUCACAAUCAGCGCUACUGCCUCAACUGCAAAAGGGAAAAGUGAUUUUGUCAGCGGAGCUGAAAUCAAGUCCAAUACGUCAUAUUCUGGUAAUAGAACAGCUGUUAGGCCGCUUACAGCAAUGGGCAAGAAUAGAUCAAAUGCCGGCUACCAAAUCGGUCGACGGAAGGAGCUCUUCGAGAAGCGGAAGCUGAUCAGCGAUUUCGCCCUCGUUUUCGGCAUAUUCGGUAUCAUCGUCAUGGUUAUAGAGAGUGAACUGGCAAGCUACGGUUUCUACACCAAAUCAUCGUUCUAUUCUUCCACCUUGAAAACGCUGAUAUCAGUCUCAACCGUGGUGCUUUUGGGUUUGAUAGUGACUUACCAUGUCUUUGCAGUCCAGGUAUACAUAUUUCUCAUACAAAAUUGCGUGGAUGAUUGGCGGAUCGCCAUGACGUGGAAACGAAUAAUUCAAAUAACUUUAGAAUUGCUCGUCUGCGCCGUCCAUCCAAUUCCUUGCGAACUAAACUUUUUCUGGACGACUAAUCACAUCAUCGGCGACGUCACCGAAUCGAAACUGGUUCCCGUCGACGUCGCCCUUAGUCUGCCCAUGUUCCUUCGAUGUUACCUAAUCGGUCGAGUCAUGCUACUUCACAGUAAACUAUUCACAGACACAACCUCGAGAUCGAUCGGUGCCUUCAAUCAGAUUAUUUUUGACAAACGAUUUGUACUGAAGACGUUGAUGACCAUCCGCCCGGGAACCGUCCUCCUCGUUGUAAUGGGUUCACUGUGGAUUAUCAUCAGCUGGACUAUGCGGCAGUGCGAAAGAUACCAUAAUGAGGAGCACGACAAUUUACUCAACACCAUGUGGAUGAUUGUUAUUACAUUCCUAACCAUCGGAUAUGGUGACAUGUUUCCCAGGACGUACUGCGGUAGAGGUAUCGCCGUCGCGACUGGUUUCUUGGGGGCUGGCUGCACAGCGCUGCUCGUCGCCGUCUUGACGAAUAAGCUGGAGCUGACCCAGGCCGAAAAGCACGUCCACAAUUUAAUGAGAGACACCCAGCUCAACAAAGAGUUGAAAAACGCGGCUGCAAACGUUUUGCGAGAGACGUGGCUCAUUUACAAGUACAAGAAAUUAGUUGAUUGCGUCAACCCGGCUCGAGUACGGACUCACCAGCGCAAGUUCUUGCUGGCCAUCUACUCCUUACGAAAGACUAAAUUAGACCGGCGCCAACUGAUGGACAACACUGCCGUAGAUAAGGUAAAGGUAACUCAGAACAACAUUAGUACAGAAAUCAUCUUAGAGAUGAAUGCUCGUCAAAAAGUAAUGCUUGAGCGUUUGGGUAUGCUGGAAAAGAAACUGAGUGUACUUCAAGAGACUGUCGAAGCUCUACCGGAAACAGCCUUUCGUCAUCAAACGAAUUUUUUCAAUAAUUAAAACAGCGGAGCGCUUAGGGUUUAAUAAGACCUUUCAACUAAGUUCCCAGUCAUAAUUCAUUCCGAUUUUAUAAUGGUAAUUAAUUGGUGGCGUAUUUGAGGGAAAUCGGUGUUCUCUUCUGUCUACUACGACUUGGUGAUCAAUGAAUCGAUGCGAUGUUAAACAUUUGCUUAAAUAUAAGGAGAAAUUAUACAAGAAGAAAA